AUGGCCGACUAUGAUUGGCACCCGAUCCCUCACCCUCACAUGAGCCCUCACCCCAGCGUCGCUGCUGUUGAGUCCGCUUACGACCCGAUGCCCUACCGGAGGCCCAGAGACUUUAUACAAGGGCCCGACAGCACGAGCUCACCCUCGCCCUUGGGAGCACCACCGAGAAGAAUUGUGAAGCUCAGCAGUGCGCCUCCCACUCCAGGAGCCACGAUGCCCAGAACCCCAAAAGCCGGUGCUCCGUAUAGAAGGGGAAGGGUCCCAGUGGACAAUGGCUAUAAGACGUACGACGAGGAAGAGGAGGAGGAGGAGGACAGCGAGGAAGAGUCAGAUGACAGUGAGGAGGAGGAAGAGUCCCCCCUGGCUAGACGGCGGCAGCAGCAGUCUUCCAUUCGACACCGUAGCCGCAGCACCGCCCACCACUCGAGGACGCGGCCGCCGGUCUACGAGUCGAGACGGUCGUCGAGGUAUUCGCGGUCUGAAUCCGAGUCGGAGUCGGAUGAGGACUCGGAAACGAGUGACUCAUCCGAGGAAGAGAAGCGAGAGACACGGCGAGAAAGGGAAAGGCGGGAGCGGGAGAGGUACCAAAAGGCAGCACGGCAUGCUCAGACCGUUGUCGAGCGGCGGACGCCUCCAUCAGCCGAUAACACAACCAAGCGCCGUAGAAAGAUCAAGAAGAUCAUCUAUAUGGAGGAGGACGGCUCCACGGAGCCCACGCCACGGCAGUCCCUGGGCGACCUCAGCCGCUCGUCUUCACGGCACCGCUCUCACCCGUCCUCGUCGCGUCCGGCAUCCGAGAGACACUAUCCCAGACAGCAUUCGUAUAGUCCCGUGAGGAGAUCGAGCCGUCAUCAUUCGUUGGCCAAGACGUACGAGAUCUCUCAACCUCCCAGCGCCACCAAGAGGUUGGCGUACGAGAUUCUUCCAGAUAGGAGUCGUCUUGACGUGAUUCCCAGUAGGCAUUCCAGGAGACACCAGUCUCAGGUUGUGUACCCAGAGACGCGGUCGAUCCGCCGCUCCAACACCGUAUCAGGGGCAUCGCAUGUCACGUCGCACACGCGAAGCACGACUUCGUCAAGUAGGCCGGCGUCUACUUUGGUGGGAAACGUCCUCACAGGGAGCACCGUCUCCCGCUCGUCAGAGAAGCCAGGAGCCAGAGUCGAGUGCCUCAUAUGUAUGGAGGAGUUCCAGCCGAGUAGAAUCGCAAAACUCAAGUGCGGCCAUCGACAGUGUGACGCGUGCCUCAAGAGACACUUUAAACUCUCCAUCACAGAUCCGCAGCAGAUGCCUCCAAAGUGCUGUGUCGCAAACAUACCCUUGAAACACGUGGACCACCUGUUCACGCCCGAGUUCAAGCAGAAGUGGAAUAGAAAGUUUUCAGAGUUCACGGCGGCCAACCGCAUCUACUGCCCUUCGAGAAAGUGCGGCGCGUGGAUAAAACCCGAACACUUCCGCAACGAAGGGGGCGGUCGCCAGUCCACAAAGUGUGGCCAGUGCAAGACCAAAGUGUGCUGCUCUUGCAACGGCAAAUGGCACUCAUCGAGGGAGUGUCCCAGCGAUGAAGAGACGACGAGAUUCCUAGACCACGCCAAAGACGAGGGAUGGAAGAUGUGCUACAAGUGCAGCCACAUGGUUGAGCUCAAGGAGGGCUGCAACCACAUGACAUGUAUUUGCGGAGCACAAUUUUGUAUGGUGUGCGGCACCAAAUGGAAGAGCUGUGAUUGUCCUUGGUUCAAUUACGAGACGGUCGAGGCGGAGCGGCUUAACGAGAUGCAUCGGCCGUUGGCGAUGGGCCGAAUGGAGCAGCCGGACCCGGGCACCGAGACCCCGAGAAGCGCGAGAAGUAUCCGAUCAGCCGGCGUGGGUCACACGACGCCUCGUUCGCGUUCCCAAGAGUACGACAACCGACUGAUGCGGAGGUUCCAAGAGAACCGCGACGAGGACCUCGCGAGGACGAUGCAGACGUACGAGCUCGAUGAGGCGUAUGACCGAGGGUACGGGGACCUCGUUGGCAUCGGCAACACGGCGGGCCACUUCAUAAAUGAGGACUAUCGCAGAGACACCGACGUAUUCGCACCCGCACCUAUACCGCCUGCGCCAACGCCACCGACGGCGUUUGAGCGACCGCCGCCGACCGAUUACAUGUCGGGUGUCAACCGGGCGAGAGGCCUCCCCCAGGAUCCUCUGGGGCAACGACUGGCUGAGCGGUUCUCCGAGUCGCGUUCGAGUCCAGGUGGCCCCCGGCCGGGUAUGAUGGCGCCGCCGCCACUGCCACCGCUCGCGGCCAUGACGGCGCCCAUCAUGGGUCCUCCCCCUCCCAUGAUGGGACCGAUGGCCAUGGGCCCGCCGCCGCCGAUGCCACCCCCGAUGCCGAUGCUGCGACGGCACACAAUGGAAGAGGAAUUAUACAACAGCGUCAGAUCGAUGCGGCCGUCCGAGCGAAUGACGCCGGGGCGGAUGAUACACGACUACGAGAUGGAGGCGGCGGCGCACGCGCAUACGCCCCGGAGCCGGAGACGAAUGCGAGAGGAGCCCAAGUCGUCGACGCUCGCCGGGCUCACGGGCAUUGGCCGCGGCGUGAACCGGGUGCAUGAAUGGCGAAACUAUGUGUGGCCUGGCCAGCCCGAGGGUGAACACACGGCCGUAGCGUGA